AUACCCACCAUAUCCCUUUCUCCGUCGAUGCAGAAACCCUUGUUUCCAAAAUGCCUUCUCUCUCCAAAUCCACCUCAUCUUCCGUCGCUUCCCCGCCUCCGUCCACCGACGCAUUCGAUGGUGACGCGGCUGAACGCCGCCUCCGAGAGGCGGAGGAUCGUUUACGGGAGGCCAUUGAGGAAUUGCAACGCCGGCAACGACGUGCUAAGAUGCUACAUCCACCUUGCGAUCACGCUGAUGAGUCAUGUGUAGCUAACGCUAUUGGUAAUCUCUGCCAAAGUUUCCUUUUGUCGUAUGGUGUUCGUGUCGGCAUUGGAAUUUUGCUCCGUGCAUUUAAGCUCGCUCGGAGAAAAUCCUAUUCGUCUCUUCUCGAUCUUAAGCAACUUGUAUCAGAGAAGGACUUGAUAGUGAGAGAGGAGGCAUGUCGGGUUGGUUUACUUUUUGGAGGAUUUACUGGCUCAUACCAUGCUCUUAGAUGCUUAUUGAGGAAGUGGAGAAAGAAAGAAACACCAUUCAAUGCAAUUUUAGCAGGUUCAAUUGCUGGUCUUUCUAUUCUAGCAUUAGAUGAUUCCAAUCGAAGGCGUACACUUGCUUUAUAUCUUCUUGCAAGGCUUGCUCAGUGUGCUUAUAAUUCUGCAAAAUCAAAGAACAAGUUCCACCUUUGGGGAAGCUCAUGGAGACAUGGUGAUUCAUUACUCUUUGCUUUAUCAUGUGCUCAGGUCAUGUAUGCUUUUGUAAUGCGACCCGAAAGCUUACCAAAAUCAUACCAAGAUUUUAUUCAAAAAACAGGCCCUGUUGCUAAACCUGUAUACAAAGCUGUAAGGGAAUGCUGUAGAGGUUCUCCAGUAGAUAUCGCAUCACUCUCUUCUUACCUAUCAACCAUAAAAGGCUCCGAAUUUAUCGAUUUACAAGAAUACCCUUCCAUCAUCCCCUGUUCAAUAAUCCACCCAUCCACAAAAUCAUGUUUGGCUCACAACGCUUACGCCACGUCAGCAACAUUCCGGAAAACAUUCCCACUUUAUUUCUCUCUGACUUUUGUACCCUUCGUUGUCCUUCGUCUUCAAAAGUUUAUGGAAGCACCAUUUAAGACCAGCUGGCAUGCAGUGAUUGGAGCUGUUCGGUCAACCGCUUUUCUGUCUUCAUUUGUUGGAAUCUUUCAGGGGGCGAUUUGCAUGCAUAGACAAGUGGCAUCAAAAGACCACAAGCUUGUAUACUGGUUUGCAGGUGGAUUAGCUGCAUUAUCAGUGGUUUUGGAGAAAAAAGGAAGAAGAGGGGAACUUGGAUUGUAUGUUCUUCCACGUGCUGGAGAGUCUUUGUGGUAUAUAUUAGUAAACCGCCGUGUUCUUCCCGAUAUCAAAAAUGCUGAGGUGGCUCUGUUUUGUGCGUGUAUGGGUGGAAUGAUGUACUACUUGGAACACGAACCAGACACCAUGUCUCCGUUUUUAAGAAGCUUAAUUCGCCGGUUUCUUGCAAGCAAAAUUAGUAAUCCGGCCCCACCAGCAAAUCGGAAUCCGUCUUACAAUUAUUUACAAACUCCCGCAAUUGAGAAACCACCGAUUUCACACAACCAAAUCCAAGAACCACAUGAAUCAAAAGCCUCUGAAAAAUACAAUCUUGAAUCCAUACCUGGGCUCUAAGUAAUAACCAUACGAUUACUAUUUAUUGUUAUUAUUAUUAUAUUAUUAUAUUAUAAGGACAAUGAGAUUAAUUAAUGCGUAAUAUUAAUCACCAAAUGAGAGACGAUAUUGAAUUGUCAUAAAAGGGUCAAGUGAUGUGACCCAUCUUCAUCCAACUUCUGUAGUUGUAAAAUGAACUCUCUUUUAAUUUUCUUUUGUAAAUAUUAGAUGUUUUUCAGUUC